AUGGGCAUUGGUAGUAGCCGAAAGUCUGCUGCAACCUUUAUUAAUAUUUUAUUUUUUGUGCUUUUGAGGACUUUAAACGGAAAAAUUGCUUCAAUUAGUUCUGUCCCCCAAGGAAGUAAUCCUCUUUUAUAUCAACCUGGAAUUGACCAUAUAGUACUUUUGGAUCAAGACACGUUUUCUGAUACAGUUUUUGAGCCAGGCAGAGGGCACUCCUUUGUUGUUGAGUUCUAUGCGGAUUGGUGUGGCCAUUGUAGAGCUUUUGCCCCCUCCUUUAAACAAUUCGCCGCUCUUACUAAACGCUGGUCUAAUGUUGUUAAAGUCGGUGCUGUCAACUGCGCUGAUUCAUUCAACAGCCAGAUAUGUCGGUCAAAUGGAGUCGCCUACUUUCCAAUGUUGAAAUAUUUUUCGAGGAAAUCUAAAGGUGUUAAUGAUGGAAUGAUUUUUGAGUCUGCACAUUCUGGGACUGGUCUACGUGAUAUUCUCGCUAAUAAGGUUCUCAACGAAUACAAACAAAAUAGUUACGAAGAUUGGCCAAAUCUUAACCCCUUACAAGUCGAUGCUCAAACUACCUUUGAGGAUCUAUGGGAUACCCUUGACCAAUCCUCCAACUUUUUACUUAUACUUUUUGAGAAGAAAGUGGACAGUCCCGCAGUAAUUCACUCAAUUCUGGAUUUAUGGCCUAAUAAACAACAAAUUGGUGUUAGAAGAGCUUCGUCAAAUUCUCCUCUAGUUUCUAUGCUUGGAAUUUCAAAAUUCCCCUAUCUUGCACUUUUCAAACGAGGCAAUCAACAAUCUAUAUUUAUGGAUGAAUUCCAAGGCCCCAAAACUUUGGAUGAGGCAAUGCAGAGAGUAGAACCUGGAGACUUCUUAUCGUUAGAUAGUGAACAACAACAGAGUUUACAGCCAACUAAACCACCUGUGGAUUUAAUUGAUUGUGAAAGAUUUCCCGAAAAGUGCGUCUUUAAAUUUAAAAAAAUUUCGAAAAAAAAAUUUCAAAAAAAAAAAAUUCAAAAAAAAUUUUUUUCUAGGUGCAAAAAACUUUAUUAUGUCUCAGAGACGGAUAUGCUUAAAGCUAUGAGAAUGGCUUUAUUGGAUGAAGUUACCCGUUUAGGAAUACCUAUAGAAGGCGAUAGAUUUCGAAAACUUUAUGCCUUUGUUACCUUGUUAAAGGAGGCAAGGAGGGAAAAUAAUCAAAAUUUAUUUGAAAUUUUCUAG